CGAGCCAAAGGUUCUGAGUUCUGAAAAAGUGAAGUGAAACUUAAGCUGAGAAAUUGUGUCGAGCGACUUAUUCGAUUUUAGAUGAAAAGCAUUUAACAUUUAAAUCACGGUUAUCUUACUUAUCAAUCAAAACCACGAUUAAUAAUCAUUUUCAAAAGAAAUGACCAGCAAAAUCGUACUAAUUGCAAAAGUGCAUUAGCAAAAAUAUAACAGUGUGGUGAAAAAAUAAAGCGUGUAAGAGCAAUAAAUGCUUUCGAUUAAAAACAUAAAAUGGUUAUCAAGCUUGGUAAAAUCAAGCCAAGCUUUGGUGUCAAUAACACUUUAAUGAAAGCACAUAACAAUUUUCUUUUAGAAACAGUGAUGGCUUAAGAUAAUUAUUUGCCAAAGAUAAGUUUACAAGUAAAUAAAAAUAUUGAUCGAAAAUCGGAUUCUGAUACUACCAAGGGAUUUCAAAAUCGCGCUAUUCCACCAACUGUGAAUAAUAAAAACCUAUUUUUACGGGCAUAAAUCAAUCUUAAAAGGGUAUACGGAUACUGAUACAACCAAGAGAUUUAAAAUUCGUCGUAAUCCACCAACUGUAAAUGGCAGUGAACACAUAGCCAAGUAUUAAAUUGGAUUUGGAUAUAAUAAACCAAUCUUAAUAGAUAUCACCUUCGGAAUAUUUUAAAACAUGGAUUUUUAAAAUUCAAAAUUCACACAUAUAUUGGAUUUGGAAUUAAGAAGGUUCUCUCUCAAGAAUUCCGACUUAUCGAAUUUACCUUAAUAUAUGUUGAAUUCCGAAUAGAACGUUUGCUGCUGUGGACUAAUAUUUCGUAGCCGGAAGUAAAAAAACUUUUUGCUAAGAAGCAUGGAGUAAUACAUGACUCUUAGGGGAAGUUCGCAGCAAAAGCGGCUACUGCUUAAUGUGCAGACAGACUAAAAAAUCGGUGAAUCCCAGUAACAACAUAGAUUAAUACAAAAUUUGUAAAUAAACGAGUGAAUUAAUACAAUUUAUACCUGCGAAUUUAUGAUGGAGUCUCGCCCGGAGUGGAGGAUACACCGCUUUAACUACCGACACCUUCAUCUUCGUGUGGUUUUCUUUGGCUGGGCCUUAAUAUGGACCCAGUACAUCAACUGUGUCUUCUGUGGUGAAAAAUUGGCGUUGUUAUCGGCUACUUUGCGCACAUAUCAGAAAGCGGCUUGUGAUUCGGAUCAGGUGGUUAUAGGCUGCCCCCGCGGUACCAGCAUUUCAAUCGAGUUUGCUCAAUACAACAACUUCGUGGCAAAGGAUGGCUUCAGCAUCGAAGAACUAUGCCCUGGGUCUGGGAAAGCAAAACCUGAAAUACGGAGUAGGACAAAGCACUUGCUUCGUGGGUCCAUCUUUGGCACACCCUCACUCAAGAUACCAUCUAACAGAUAUAUAAACGUUGGCUACGGCCUAGACAUUCCAGCACAACCAGUCGCUGAAGAUAGCAGCACCAGUGUUACUGGCUCUGAAUCGGUAUUUGGCACAACUCGCUCUGUUGACAAAGUAGAAAAUACGGAUUACAACAGUGAAAAUGCUCUGGAAAACUGCAUGUGGCCAAAUGCAUUACAGUAUUCCUUACUGCAAACUGUGGUCGAGGCCUGCCAAAAGAAGAAGCACUGCAAGUUUCACGGAUCCCUGCAGUUCUACGGUCAGGGCGCCAGCGGUGUGGGCGAUUCAUCUGGAACAAGCAGUUAUUACAGCAGCACGGCCAGCUCCAAUGCAAUAAACAGCGACCCGUGUCCCAAGCGCAGGAAAAUUGUCGAAGUCGCCUACAAAUGUCGUCCAUAUGAGUUCCGGAGUAAAGUUGCGUGCCACAAUGAUGUAGCUCAACUGGAGUGCAAUCCGUACUCCCGGAUAGCCGUAUAUAGUGCCAGCUUUGGAAGAACCGAGUACGAGAGCAUUCAGUGCCCCCAGCCGCAAGGAGUUCGCGAAGAAACGUGUCUCGCCUCAUAUGCCACGGAGACCGUGAUGCAAAUUUGCCAUGGAAGACGGCGAUGCAACCUGGCUGCAGACGCGAACACAUUUGGAAGCCCUUGCCAACCAAAUUCUCGAAUGUACUUAAAGGUUGUUUAUACAUGCGUGCCAAAACAAGUUCUUAAAGAUAGCAAGGAAUCGGAAGUAGAGCCUGACGAAGCUGACGACUUAGACGGCGAAAUGAAUGAUCUCUACGACGAUGAGCUGAUCUACAAGGAGUCAGAAGCUAUUCCAAAGCUUUACAGCAAUACAACAACGGCAAGACGCGGUAAUGGCACCAGCUCGCCCGGGUCGGGAUCCAGUGCUAACUUGUCGAGCAACCAGACCAUAAUGAACAGCUCCCAGGUUAUAGAUGGCGAUAAAAGUGGCGUGAAUCCUGUCAUGACUCACAGUGCUGACCUGAGUCUGGAAGAGGACCAGGAACGUUUGUAUUUAUAUCUUAUUGUCUUGGGCUCACUGGGAGUGGUUUUCUCCAUAAUAAUUUUCGUAACUAGGGUAGUGCUUCAAAAGCGCGAUCUUACUACUGAUGCGCACUUAAACUCCUUGACCAAAGGAAGGGAUAGAGCACUUGAGGAGACAACUAUCCAGAGCGGUUUAAACGAUACAAUCUCAGAAAUAGACGCCAACAAUGACAUUAAAACUCCACUGCCUUUACCCAGUGUGUUUAAAAAUGAGAACUACCUGACGUACGCUCCAGCUAGUAGCCUUUACGCUGGUUUGUCUCCCAACCAGUUACCUCCGGUGAGUAGCCAAGGACCUGGCGCCGAGCUUAUGCCUAAUUCCCUUCUAAUGGCGACUCGUCAGUCACCUGACCUCAUCGGCGUAGCCCAGGGACCUUUUGUCACCACGAGUGUUGGCAGUGCAGGCGGUCAGGGUCCGGUAGCGGGCGUUCUGACCUCGGCUGUCGUGAUUGGAACCAGCGCCCCCAGUAACAGUCCAAUAAGUCCAAUGGUACCCAUUACCUCGCUGGAAACGUAUACGACAGCACCAUCAAUCAGAGGCGGGUAUAUCAUUAACACCGACAGCAUAAGUGUGCAUCAACGGCAGAAGAGUACCGCAACACCGCCGACCUUGUUGAAUGGAAGCAAGCCAGCGCACCAACCGCAACCAAAUACGAUAUCCUCGCCGCUAGCCGUUAAUGUCAGUUCACAAAAUAAUGUGUCCAUGCCUGGUCAGGGCACAUCGACUUUGCGACGCGCAAAGCCAAGCAUUUUGCAGCCGCAUCUUUCAUAUGACGGCACCGCCCCACGCACUCUCUCAACCGGCGUGGCCGUUGGCUCACAGUUCUACUACGGAUGACAAAGUACAUUGGACUGCGAUCCCUAUGUGUACACCACACCUUUGGGAGUGGGAAUACGCGUGGCUCCCUCGAUUUGCAGCACACAGAAGUUAGCUGAGGUGGCAGAUCGUUCAAGCGCAAUAGAGAACUUCUCCGCAUCUUAGCCAUUGACGACGGCAAUGCCAAGCUCCUCAAGAUUAUUGGACAAUUUCAAAUGAGGCGAAGGGGACAAUUCAAAGAAAAUUACUGCUGGCUUUUCAGCUAUAAGCUAAGAUGGCUGUAAUCUAAUCACUGCCCCUAGAUUGGUACGGAUGCAGUUUUAAACAUGGAAAAAUACCGGAAAAUUCAUAAAGCUAAGAAGUUAAUUUAAUUCCCACAUUCUCUGAAAAAUUUUAAGACAACGUCGAUGGCACUAAAUACGGAAUAUAUCUUGACAAAAUGUUCAGGUUGUCUUUAAAAAGUAUUACUUAUACUCGCGAUAGAGAGAAUCAAUUAACCGGAACAGGUUUGCACUGAUUAAGUAAAAAUAAAUGCCGCUAUAAAUAAUAAUAAGUAAAGUAAAAGCGAUUUGUGGGAACGUAGUCACAAUUGCUCAGUCCAUUUAUAAGGCACUACUGGCCUUAUCCCGAGCACGGCUUGGCCAAAAGCUAAAGCAUUGUGCACGCGAGCCAGAGUCUGGGGUCCUUAACAUCAUUCAUAACAAAGCGUAUUAUUAAAUUAAUGCAUUCUAUGAUCUUAGAUUUUAUAUAAUUUUUUUAAAAAUCUAUAACAUUUUUUAUUUAGCUAUGCUUGGUCGGAGGUUUUCUUCAAACUGUCAAGUGCCUUCCUAAUUAGCAUUUAAGAGUGUAGUUUUCGUUUACUUAAAAUUGAGAGUCAUCGGAGGGGACUGUAGAGAAGUUAGAUAAAAGAAGCCAACCCAAUGGAUAUAAAAUUAGUUUAUAACAAAUUGUAAGUAAAUAGCUUUGUUAAAAUAACUUCCUGGCAUUAAAAAAGGGGAGUGUAGGGUUAGGUGCAGAGUAAUGAAGGACGACGAACUCGUGAAAUCUCACAUGUGACGUAACGUAAAAAAACCAAGCAAUUGUAGUCGAUUUCUCGUAUUGUUUCGAUUAUGUAAUUACACUAAUAUAACAAAGAUCAUGAGAUGUUUUUAACCAUAGAAGGUGAGCAAAAAUUAAACAAGGAAGAACGCUUUAGUCGAGUAUCUCGACUAUCAGAUACCCGUUACUCAGCUAAAGGGUCAAAAGGGAAAUUCAGAUAUGCAAGAAAUGAGUCAAUCUGGUCAAUCGAUAGGUAUUGAUAAGAACCAUUCAUUUCAGUUAAAAAAUUUACUCUAGCAUCAAAAACUUAGGAGCCACAGUUUUGGGCGGCUUGUUAAAGUGGGCGGGGCACGCUG